CGACGUCAGGCCAGCAUUCUUGCGACGGACGCCAUUGCCGCUGCACGCACGCCGCUGAACCCUCGGAACGUGCAAACUCGGACAAUGGGCCGCAUCAGCCUCGACGACGGCGGAAUGGGGAACGAGUCCGCCAGGGCGAAGAAGGCGAAGCAAGAAGUGAAGAAGGAGCCGGUGGAAUACGUCAACGGGAAGGGCUGGGUCGACGAGGACGGCAACGUGGUCGAGGCGGAGACGGGGAAGGUCAAGAAUCGGCGCGCGCUGGAGCUUGUGGAUAAUGUCAUGGAGGAGCAUGAGGCGCGGGAGGUGGAGGCAGCGAGGGCGGAGCGCGAGGCGAGGGAGAACGGGACGUGGGAGGAGAAGCCCGAGAUGAAGGGCAAGAAGCGGAAGCAUGCAGUCGUGGUGCACCAGGAGACCAAGAGCCAGCCGGGCGUGUACGAUGUACCUGAUGGCGGAGACGACCGACCUUCCGCGAAGAAGUCGAAACGGCACAGCCACGGUGUACAAGAGCAGGUGGAUGCGCAGAUUGAGGCAGAACAGUCUCCGGCGAAGUCGAGACGGAAUGAGAGCACGCCGAGCAAGCCUGCUUCGUCGAACCACCACCACCCCGCCGCACAGCCUGCAAGCAGCUUGAGAUUCCAGUCUGCCCAAGGUGAGCUGCACACCGAGAAGCCUUCCGCCACGUUCAAGCCGCGCACAGCCCGACCCUGGACGGUGACCAUGGCCCUCCCCGGCAGCAUUCUCAACAACGUCGCGCGCCACGACACCAAAACCCUUCUCGCCGGCCGCAUUGCGCGUGCUGCCGCUGUCUGGUGCGUCGACGAGAUCGUCGUGUAUGACGAUGACCCAACCACCAUCCCCGAGAAAGUAUCCGGCUACUACCGCAGCAAGAAGAAGACCAAAGCCGAGAUCAUGGACAGCAUCUCCGAAGCCGACAUUCCCUACCAAAAUCCCGACCGCUUCCUGGUCGGGCUCCUCGAGUACGCCGACUGCCCGCCACACAUCCGCUCGUCGCUGUUCCCCAUGUGCGAGCCCUACAAGCACGUCGGCCUCCUCCCGCCCCUCGACACGCCCUCCCACACCAAGCCCGCCGAGUGGAUCCGCUUUCGCGAGGGUGUCGCGCUGCCCUCCCAGCGCCGCGCCAACUCCACCGACGAAUGGACACACAUAAAUUGCGGCCUCCCCUUCCCUGUCAAAGUGCCAUAUGCCGUUCCGCAAGGCAUGCGCCUCACCGUAGAAUUCAAAGACGCCCAACCACCCUCCUGGCCGCACCUCUCUGAAUACGAAUGCGAGAGCCUCGCUGUCGAUGCCGUCGCACCUGAAACCCCGCGCGAGAAGGAAGGCUACUACUGGGGCUACAAGGUGCGCUAUGCACCGUCCUUCAGCGCCAUCUUCAGCGAGUCCGAGUACCCCGACGGCUAUACCCUCGCCAUCGGCACCUCGGAGCGCGGCGUCCCGCUGUCCGCCGUCCUGCCUGAAGCCAUCGCCCCGUGGAACCGGCCUGCCUCGAAUGAGAAAAAGUUACCAGACUCCUGCGAGCACCUCCUCGUUGUCUUCGGUGGUGUCGCCGGCCUCGAGCCCGUCGUCGCGAAUGACCCCGUGCUCGGCGAGCUGGGCAAGGAGAGCGCGCACGAGGCCUUCGACUAUUGGGUCAACUUGGUGCAGGGACAGGGCAGUCGGACGAUCCGCACCGAGGAGGCGAUUGAGAUUGGCUUGGCGGGGUUGAAGGCGUACGUGGACUACCAGUACGAAACACAUGCAUAGGGUUGUGCACCAGGUUGGCGACUUGGUAGGCUGAGGUACCCCGGGUUGAGCAAAACGUCCAUCGAUUGGACGCUGGGUUUGUGCUCGUGCUGUGACUAUAAGCUGGAGGUCUGAUUGUGCUGAGUUGCGCUGGGAUACAGCGUGGUUGUUACAUGCUACUACAACUAGAAAUGCGAGCAUGCUGAG